AUGGGAAUCUUUGAAAAUUUAUUUCAAAAAAAGAGUACCCAACAACGCUAUUUUGAAAGUGCGCCGCGCGAUGUUAACCUAGGCGAGGAGGUGCGCCGCCUAAUGCACAGACGGGAUAUUGAAGCGACAAUGGAAGCUGCCUCACCAUUUCUUAUUAGUGCCGCCUUAGCCUGGCCAACAGUUUGGCUGUAUCGCGGAUUCGAUUGGCAUGCCCAUAAAGGCAAGGAGACGCUGCCGCUUUAUAUUAGAAAGACUUUCUUUCAAGCGAAGGCCGUACAAUUUGCAGUGCUCGCAAUGGGUCUAAUUUAUGUUGUCGGCAGCACAUCGACGCGCAACACGUAA